GCAAGAGCUUCGCCAUUCCCCCCCUCCCCUCGCCUUGUCGAUCAAGAUACCGGUACCUUCCUUCCAGUCUCUUUAGAUAACUCUUCCCCAAUAACUCCUUUUAAUACCCUUCAUUUCAAUUAUCAUCUCAACGCUCGCAACCUUCUAUCGCACCAACACCAUUCCAUCUCCUACCUUGUUAGAGUCUCGUUCCAAUAUAGAGAGGUCGGACUCAAAGCUCAACUAUUCAAUAAGGUCCUGAUUAUACCAACUUCAUCCGUCAACUCCUUCUCAAUUCCGCCUUAUCUGCUGUGGAAUCCUCUUCUCGAUUCACUCGAUUACAUUGUCGCAAUUCUAUGAAUCUUCACUAGUUUGUAAACAAAGCAUUGAGCUGUUCACCACACAUAACGAGUUCGAAUGUCACUACCGUCGGUGUACUUGACCGAAAUCGAGUCCCUCAGUCAAGAAAUUAUAAGAAACCAACCUACCGAUAUUUUACAAUUCUGUGCCAACUAUUUUAGUCAACGUCUAGAAACUGAGCGCACUGGGUUUCUGUCAUCUCGCAAUAGAUCAUAUCGUUCCGUAUCACCAGGGACAGCAAAUCGGCCGAGAAUGGCUGGAAACACGUUCCCCGGUCGGCUUGGAACUCACGCCAAUCCUUUUGGUGGUGAUGGAAAUGGUUUAGGACAUGAACAAGCGGUUUCCGGCAAUAUUUCAAAAGUCAUAGAGGAGGAUGAAAAUGAUACGAUAACAUCACCAACAACACCAAAUUUUGGAUUCUCAAAGGGAGUUCCUUCAUUUGGAGCUUCUUUUGGAGCUUUAUUCGGAGGAGAUGCAAGUACUGGAGACUUUCCACCAUCUUCUUUCAAACCUGCGAGCGAAGGAUUUCCUGAGCAUUACGGCAUGGGAAGGCGCACUUCUGUUUCAGCCGAAUCUCUCAACCCGACAGCUUCAUCCAACGAUAACUGGUCUCCACCCUUUCAUCAAAAAACACCGGAUCAAGUAGCACGCUUGAAGAAAUCAAUUUCUGGAAACUUUCUUUUUAGUCAUCUUGAUGACGAACAAAGCGCUCAAGUACUAGGUGCUCUCGUAGAGAAACCAAUUCCUGCCGUUGGUAUUAAGGUCAUCUCGCAAGGUGAUCAGGGAGAUUUCUUCUACGUAGUCGAGAAAGGCUCUUUUGACGUACAUGUCAACUCCAGUGGCUCGCUGCAACCAGGACCCGAUGGUCUCGGGACCAAGGUAGCCACUAUUGAGCCAGGUGGAUCCUUUGGUGAACUCGCCCUUAUGUAUAACGCCCCCAGAGCAGCCACAGUUAUAUCUGCAGAGGCUUCCUGCACUCUCUGGGCUUUAGAUCGCAUAACUUUCCGCCGAAUUCUUAUGGAUUCAACAUUCCAGCGCCGUCGUCUCUAUGAAAGUUUCCUCGAAGAAGUGCCACUUCUCUCAACUUUGACCCGUUAUGAAAGGUCGAAAAUCGCUGAUGCUUUGGAGACUCAGAAAUACCCACCUGGUACUUCAAUCAUAAAUGAAGGAGAUGCCGGAGAGGCAUUCUAUCUUCUUGAGAGUGGAGAGGCCGAGGCAUACAAGCGUGGUGUAGAGAACCCAGUAAAAUUAUACCACAAAGGAGAUUAUUUCGGAGAAUUGGCGUUACUGAAUGAUGCUCCCCGAGCUGCUAGUGUUGUUAGCAAAACCGAAGUAAAGGUAGCCACCCUUGGCAAGAACGGGUUCCAGAGGUUAUUGGGACCGGUUGAAAGUAUUAUGAGAAGAACAAAAUAUGAGGGCGUGGAGAGCAUUGAUCCCCUUCACCAGAAUUAAAGGAUUGUUGGUUUGGAAUGGAUUCGUUUUACUUGAUGGCGUUCAGAUACAGGUUACGUUCGUUCAUGAGAUGAUCAAAUGGACUAGGGAUUAUUAGUGGGCAAUACCUGAGAUGCAGACAAGAGUCAGAUUUUCAAUCACUUUGCAAUUGUAUUAUUGAUGUCCGUUAGCGAACUGCUUUUGAAUGCUAAUUAGUUUUACACCAUGCA